AUGGAAGAAACCACCAGAACACAAGUUGAAAUUAUAAAAAAGGAAAAUUCUUUUGUAAAAGGAAAUAUACAGGUUGAUAUAAAAAAUGAGAAGAAAGAAAAUUGUACAAACAAUAAUGAUAAUGUAGGGAAAAAUACGAAUACAAAUGGAAAUGGAGAAGGUAGGUAUUUAUUAAGCCUAUUAGAUCGUUUAAAUAAUUUUAAAAAAUUAAAAUUAAAAACAUCAGAAAAUAAUGCAAGUUUAUCUAAAGAGAAUAAGGUCAUAGAUAAUGAUAUCCAACAAGUACCAGAAGGCGGAGCAGAAAAAAAAGACCAUAAUAAUGAUAAACUUGAUAAAAUGAUAGAAAAGGAGUCUCAAAUUAUUGAAAGGAAGUCUCAAAUUAUUGAAAGGGAGCCUCAAAUUAUUGAAAGGGAGUCUCAAAUUAUUGAAAGGGAGUCUCAAAUUAUUGAAAGGGAGUCUCAAAUUAUUGAAAAUGACGAUCCAAGAAUUUUAAAGGAUAAUCCAUUGAAUGAACAAAAUGAUAACAAGAGUAAUAAUGUGUGCACCCUAAAUUAUAUAAAAAAAAAAACCUCUUUGGAUAAUGACCAUAGCACAAUUAUUAACAAUAACGAACCCAAAGAAUACAUAAAUCAAGAAGCACUUGUUAGAAGCAAGAACCCAUAUGCUGAAUCAAAAUUAGAAAAAAUAGAACAAGUAUUUGAAGAUAUAAAAAAACAAGAAGAUUUAUAUGUUGAUGAAAUAGGUGGACUAUUAUUAUUAUCAUUCGAUAAUUUGUGUACUCUUCUUGUUGACCAAAUUAAAGAUGUAAACCUUGGAAGUAAAGAUAUAGAAAUGUUUUUAAGAGGAGAAAUCGAGAAAAUAAAAGAUAAUAAUAAUAUGUUAAAUAGAUAUUUAAUAAAAAUGCAGAAUGAAAAGAAUGAUAUGUUAUUUAAUAUGAAUGAUAACAUGUUGAAUGAUAUUAAAAUAUCUUUUUAUGAUAUUUUUGAAAAAAUGUUAAAUGGUGAAUAUAAAAAAGAAUUUGAAGAACAUAUAAAAGAAGAUAAGAAUAAAAGAAUUAUAUAUUUAAUUUUAUGUAAGAAGCAAAUUAUUUAUAUUUUAGAGGAGUUAUAUAAAAAUGUUUAUAAGAACAAAAUAAAGGAUGAAAAAUAUAUAAAUAAAUUAUAUAAUAUGAAUAAAUUUAUGUAUAUAUUAAAUAAAGCAAAUAACAAUUCUUUUAAUAAUAAUAUAGUUGAAAAGAAGAAUCAUAUCAUUGUAAAUCAUGUAGAAAAUUUAAAAAGAGAAACUGAACAGGUAGAAAGUGUUUUAGAAAAUGUUAUUGAAAAUGUUUUAGAUGAUGAAGAACAGUCAUUUGAGAAAAAGGAAAAAAUAAAUAAAAUCAUGGAUAGAAAUUUUCUUGAAGUUAAAUAUGUUGAAAAAAUUGAUCGUCUGCAUGAUUCAGAUAUAUUUGAAAAUAAUCAUGUAUUGAGUAAUGAUACUAAUGUUAGUUUAGAAAGUAAUGCAAGUAAUAAAACGAACCAAAUAAAUAAGUUGAACUUAAAUAAACAAAUAUCUAACUGUUUUAGUAAGGAUAAUAAUAAUGAAACACAAUUCAGUUUGUCUACAUGUUUAACAGAAUCAUCUUUUAUGGAUAAAAAAAUGAAAGAAAAUAGUUCAAAAGAAACAAAUAUUACAAAUGAAAAUCAAAAUGGUGAGGACUAUUCGAAUGAUAUUUUAAAUAAUAAUGAUAAUAUGAAUAAUGUUCAUUGUGAUAAUAGUACUUUUAUGAAAAUACAUUAUAAUGACCAAUUUAAUAAUCACUACCCCAUCACCAUUAAUAAUAAUAAUAAUAAUAAUAAUAAUAAUAAUAAUAAUAACAAUAAUAAUGAUAGUAAUAAUAAUAAUACGUACAAUAAUAUGAGCAAUAAUAUAUACCAUAGUAUUAGCAAUAAUAUAUACCAUAAUAUUAGCAACAAUAAUAUGAACAACAAUAUGAACAACAAUAUGAACAACAAUAUGAACAACAAUAUGAACAACAAUAUGAACAAUAAUAUGAACAAUAAUAUGAACAAUAAUAUGAAAAAUAAUAUGAACAAUAUUAGUAACAAUAAUACCACCAAUAUUAAUAACAAUAACCAAUUUAAUCAUACACAUUUUAAUAAUAAUUUAAUUAAUCAAUAUAAUGAUCAAUAUAAUAUUCCAUUGAAUAAUCAUUUAAAUAAUCAGCUAACGAACCAAGGAAAUUGUAAUAUGAAUAAUGAACUAUCAAAACAACUAUCGAACCAAUUUAAUAACCAAGUAAAGAGUCCUUUAAAUAAUAUUGUAGGAAGUGCAAAUAAUUUAGUUAAUGAAUACUUUAGUGAUAUGAUGGUUUAUAUUUCUUGGGUACCUAAGAGUGCUAGGUGUCAAUAUCCUAGGGAGUUACCAAAAAGUGCAGCUGAACGAAAUAAACUAAGUGAAUAUAUCGUAGCUAAAGAACAAAUGUUGUAUAUUUUAAGAGUGAUGGGUUAUGAUGAAAUAGAUAAUAUUUAUUUCCAUCCACCAAAAGGGUCACAUAUAAAAAUAAAAUUUAAAAGUAUGAUAUGUAUGAAUAAUUUUUUGAAAACUUAUAAAAAUACUCCUGAUAAAUGGAAAGAAGAUAUGUUUCGAUUUUUUAAUAUUCCUUUGAGAAGUAGUAUAUCUGUUCGUGAUCUUAGAAUUGAAAGAGCUGUUCCCAGAUCAUCUGCAGCUGAAUUUAAGAAGAUGAAAAAGAUGAAUAAAAAUUAUCAAGAUCUAUUUUUAUUUAAGGAUAAUUUUAAUGUAUGUGAAGAAGACAUGGAUACUAUAGAGAAUAUGGAAAAAUUAGAUUUCCAUUAUGAUACAUAUAAUAAAAAUGUGAUAUUACAAAAUAAAAAUGAUAUUGCCAUGAAUAAACUUUUAAAUGAAGAUAAAAAUAGUCUUUCCAAUAUGAAAAAUGCAAAUAUAAAUAUUCAUGAUGAAAACUAUCCUAAUAAUAAUAUUAAUAAUAAUAAUAAAAAUAAUAAUAUUAUUUUAUUAGAUGAACAUCACCACCACCAUAAUAAUAAUAAUAAUAAUAAUAGUAACAAUAAUAAUAAUAAUAAUAAUGCCAUUGUGAACAAUUCUUUAUCCAUACCUGUUGCUGGAAUUAAUAGUUAUUAUGCACCUGGUGUAAAUGUACAUGGGUUUUUAGGAAGUAAUAAUGCUGUUAUGAUGAAUAAUACCAUAACAAAUAAAACUAGUAAUGAUUUAAAUAACCUAUGUAGUAGUAGUACCAGUGCAAAAAAUUAUAUGAAAGAUAUUAAUAAUAGAUUAUUUGUAGGAACAAAAAUAGAUAAUAAUACUCUGAAUAUAAAUACUGAUCAUUUUAACACAGACGUUAUGAAAAAUAUACAUAGUACCCUUACCACAACAACAACUACUACUAUGAUAAAUAAAAAUGAAAAUGAUAUAAUGAAUUAUAAUAAUUUGAAUCAUAAUAAUACUAUGUUUGCUUCUAGAACUUCAUCAACAAGAAAUAAUAACAACAAUAUUAAUAUUAAUAGUAAUAUUAAUGUGAACAGUAACAAUAAUAAUGUUAAUAAUAAUAAUAAUAUUAAUAAUAAUAAUGGUAGUAAUAAUAUGUAUCUUCUGAAAAAUAAAAGCUUGAAUAGAAAUGGUUCUAUUUUAUCUAAUCAUAAUUUUUUGAAUACGAACAAUUAUAACAACAACAAUAAUGAUAAUAAUAACAAUAAUAAUAAUAAUAAUAAUAUGCUGAGUAGUGCUAGUGUAAAUUUAAAUAACUCCAACCUCAAUAAUAUAAAUAGUAACACCAUAAAUAAUAAUACUAACAUGAAUAGUACCAACAUAAUGAAUAAUAAUAUUUUAAGUAAUAACAUAUUAAGUAACAAUAAUGUGAAUAAUACAAAUAAGGAUUUUUUGGCAAAUAAUUUCAAUCUUAAGAAAAACACACAUUAUGCUUCACUUACAAGCAAUGGGAAUAAUAUGAAUUUAUUGAAUGAAUCAUUUAUUUCAUACAAUAGUAAUACUGAAAAUAUUAAUAAUAAUCAUAGUAAUAAUCUUCCAGGUAAUCAUAAUAUGAAUGCACAUGCUGAUAAAAAUGUUGCAUAUGUAAAUCCUUUAAAUAAUAAUAAUAAUAUAGAUAUAAAUAGUAAAAAGGAAAAUAAUUUACUUUUGACAAAUUAUAAAAAUAGCUAUUUGAAUAAUACUAAUAGUGGUAGUAAUACUUUUUCAAAUUGUGGACAAAGGGUUAAUCAAUUAAAAUGUUUAAACACUUAUAAUAAUAAAUUGAAUGAAGAAUUAUUAAAUGAAAAAUAUAUAAAUAAUGAGGAUUUAAAAGAUGAUUUGAAAAAUUUAAUUAAUAUAGAUUUUAUUAACGAUAUUGAUAUGGAAUAUGAAGAAAAACAUUCAUAUAAUAAUGGAACUUUUUUAACAACACCAAAUUCUGGUUUAUUACAAAGACACACAUAUCCAAAGAAUAUCCCAUCACCUAAUGAAAAUACUUUACUUACAGUUGUUUCCUCCACAUCCAAUAAUGGUAACAUUAAUAAAAUGAGAGAAUACCAAACAAAUUAUGACAAACUUCCAUAUAAUAAUGUUAUGAAUUGUGAUGAACAAAAUUAUAUGAUGAAUUUUAAUCAAACAAAUAAUGAUAAUAAUGAUAAUAAUAAUAAUAAUAAUAAUUAUAUGUUUCAUGAUGAUUUUCCACAUACUAAUCUACAAUUAAAUAGUAGUAAUAAUAAUAAGCUUCUUCAUUUAUCGAGUUUUAAUAGUAGUACUCCAACUAAUGGUGCUAUCAUGAUAGAUGAUUUUAAUUAUUAUCAAGAUGACAAAUUUAACGUACAUAACAAUAAUAAGAAAAUUUUAUAUACAAACUAUUAUAAUUCUUGUGAAAUGUCUAGUCCAAAUUCUAAUAUGAAAAAUAAUCAAAAUACAACAUUUAAUAUGGAUGCAACAAUUAAUGAUAAUUAUACACAUAUGGAAAAUAUAAAACAUAAUAAUAACAAUAGUACCAACAUUAAUAAUAAUAAUAACUCUUUAUAUAGAAGUACUUUAAAUCCAAAAAAUUUUUUGAAUGAUUUAACCUUAAAUAAUAAUUAUACUAAUUUUGAUGAUAAUUUUAAAGAUAUCAAAAAAAAUGAUGAAAAAAUGAAAGAUUAUGAUAUCAUCAAAGUUAAUGAUGAGGAUAACAAAAAAUUUCUAAGUUACCCUUUUCAUGCAUCCUCACACAUAGAUACUGAUCAAAAUUUUACAAACAGUUAUGUAAACUUUUUUUAA